AUGGCAACCAUCAUGUCAUCGCGCCUCGUCCGCCUCCCCGCACCCCUCGCCCACCUCCGGGCGACCGCCGUGCCUACCCGGGUUUUCAUCUCGCGCUACAGCACCAGCACGGAAGAAGACAUCAUCAAGACCCAGCAGGUCCCCGCCCCAGGUUCAGGGCAUGUGCGUGUGCUCCAGUUGAACCGACCUAAAGCCCGCAACGCGAUCUCGACCCAAUUACUCGACGCGCUCUCAAAACAUGUGGACGCCAUCGCCGCCGAGGGAGGCAAUGGGCCAACCCGGGCCUUGGUUAUAGCGAGUAACGCAGAUGCAGCGUUCUGCGCGGGCGCAGACCUGAAAGAACGCGCUAAUAUGAGCAUGGCCGAAACCGAAGACUUCCUCCUCAAACUCCGCUCCACUUUUAAAAACCUCGCCGCCCUCCAAAUCCCCACCAUCUCUGGCGUCUCCUCUAUGGCCCUGGGCGGCGGCCUCGAGCUCGCGCUGUGCACCACCCUGCGCGUCUUCGCCUCGUCCAGCGCUGUCGGCCUGCCCGAAACACGUCUCGCCAUUAUCCCUGGCGCUGGCGGCACAUACCGACUGCCUUUGAUUGUCGGCGUUAACCGCGCCCGGGAUAUGAUCCUCACCGGGCGCCGGGUGACCGGACCCGAGGCUUACUUCAUUGGGCUCUGUGAUCGUCUUGUUGAGGUGCUGCCUGAGGAGGAGGCACAGGAGGGUCUUGCACGCGAACGCGUUCUGCGGGAGAGUAUCAAGCUCGCCCUGGAUAUCUGUGAAGGUGGCCCUAUUGCUAUCAAGAUGGCGAUGCAGGCUGUCGAAGCUCAUGCUUUGGGUGAGCGGGCGGAGAAUGCAGCUUAUGAGGCAGUCGUCGAGACUGAUGAUCGGUAUGAGGCGCUGCGCGCCUUUGUUGAGAAGCGGAAGCCGGCGUUCCGUGGGAGGUAA